AUGUCUUUAAUAAAUGUCCAUCCUCCUAAAACGUAUUUCGGUGCGGGAGACAUUCAAAAGUCAUUGGGUUCUCUUCCUGGAUUUCCAUGGGCAAAAUAUCCCGUAGAAAAACAUCUCCCAGGGCACAAUUAUACAGCACCAAAAGUCAAAUACAACAUCGUUUUGACUUCUGAUGGUGUUUUAAAAGAAAAGAAAACGUUUAAAGGUUAUUCUAAUGAUAAGAUAAGUGUAGAAGAUUACGUUCAGUUAGCAAGCGGACAUGAUGUGUCGAACGAAUUUAAUAAACCAUGGGAAAAAAGUUUCACCAAUGGAGUAGUUAUUCCAAAUGAUAAACAAACUAAAGUUUUUAGAAGUUAUUUGAAUAAUGUUAAAAGAAAACCACCAAACAGUGAAGGAAUUAUGUAUCCUUACAAUGACGAAGAUGAGUAUAGUUUUGACGAAAACUAUGAAUUUGAUGAUUUCGAUUAUCUUUCUAAUCAAGAAGAGAAUGAAGAUUGUUUUAAAUGA